AUGAAGUUCAUUCAUUCCCAGGAGUCGCUCAUCGUCCCGGAUGGUGUGAAGGUCCACAUCAAGUCCCGCUUCGUGACGGUCGAGGGUCCCAGGGGCAAGCUUGUCAAGGAUCUCAGCCACGUCGCUGUCACCUUCACCAACCCCAAGAAGAACCUCAUCCAAAUUGAGCUGCACCAUGGCCAGCGCAAGAACAUUGCUGCUCUCCGCACCGUCAAGACCAUCAUCAACAACCUGAUCAUCGGUGUCACCAAGGGUUACAAGUACAAGAUGCGCUACGUCUACGCCCACUUUCCCAUCAACGUCAACGUUGACAAGAACGGCGAGACUGGCCUGUACGAGGUUGAGAUCCGUAACUUCCUUGGCGAGAAGCUCGUCCGCCGGGUGACCAUGCACCCCGGUGUCGAGGUUGAGCCCUCAAAGACCCAGAAGGACGAGCUCCACCUCACUGGAAACUCGCUCGAGAACGUUUCCCAGAGCGCUGCCGACAUCCAGCAGAUCUGCAGAGUACGGAACAAGGAUAUCCGGAAGUUCUUGGACGGUCUGUACGUGUCCGAGCGGGGCAACGUUGUCGAGGAGUAAACGGCUGGUUGUCAAAGGGGAUUCCCGGGGUUUAUAGGGCUGAGGCGUUUUGCACAUCAGCUCGUAGAUUUCGCAUCUAGCAUGGUCAAAAAAUUAAGCUAUGCAAAAUUUGGUGAAUUUCAUUCUACAACUUGUUCAAUUUUGGCUACUUGUGCACCGUUUGAUUUCAGUGGUCUGGGCAAACAUUUAAUGUCUUUGUGAUGUAUGUUUUUGGUGAAUGCCUUGGAUAUCCAACAAGGCAAACGUGGGCUUAUUCCACCUAUCGGAUCAUCUCCUUCGACCAUGUAUAUUUCAUUUUACAAGAUCUUUAGCUCCCCAAUUGGCAUUUCGACAAUUUUCCUUCAGUCGGCCCC